AGGCACGCGGGCCAAAGUCCUCAGAGGCGCUGCGGGCGGUGCCGAGACACCCUCGCGGCUGCAGUAGCCGCAGCCCGCACCCGCUGCAGCGCCCGUCGCAGUCAGCGCGCCCCGCGCCGCCCGCGUCCCCCACGCCCUGAGGGAGCCUCCCACCCCUCGCCUGCUCCAGCGGUGCGCGCGAUGGCCCCGCGCAAGAAUGCCAAGGGCGGCGGCGGCAACAGCAGCAGCAGCAGCAGCAGUUCCAGCAGCCCGAGCAGCUGCACCAGCGGCGGCAGCAGCAGCCCCGGGGCCCGGAGAGAGACAAAGCACGGAGGACACAAGAAUGGGAGGAAAGGAGGACUUUCUGGAAGUUCGUUUUUCACGUGGUUUAUGGUCAUUGCAUUGCUCGGAGUCUGGACAUCGGUAGCUGUGGUCUGGUUUGAUCUUGUUGAUUACGAGGAAGUGCUAGCCAAAGCAAAGGACUUCCGUUAUAACUUAUCAGAGGUUCUUCAAGGAAAACUGGGAAUCUAUGAUGCUGAUGGUGAUGGAGAUUUUGAUGUAGAUGAUGCCAAAGUUUUAUUAGAAGGACCUGGUGGGGUAGCCAAGAGAAAAACCAAGGCUAAAGGCCUUAAAGAAAGAUCUGCUCCAAAGCCAACAGUCCCACCAGAAGAGACAGAGCCGUACCCUUGGCUGGAGGAUCAGGUUCUGGAGGGGCCAGGGCCUCAGAAUAUUGAAGAUGAAGUACAAGAACAAGUUCAGUCACUUCUUGAUGAAACGAUAUAUGCAGAACAUGGAGAGGACCUGCACCAAGAACAGGAUGGACCAGCAGGAGAACUGCAGCCCGAAGAUGGUAUCUUUGCAGGAGGUGUUACAGAUGACAGAUAUGAACCUGUGGGAACUGGAGCAGUGCAUGAAGAAACUGAAGAUAGCUACCAUGUAGAAGAGACAGCUUCACCAGCCUACAGUCAGGAUAUGGAAGACAUGAUAUAUGAACAGGAAAAUCCAGAUUCCAGUGAACCAGUGGUAGAUGAUGCUGGAAGAACGUAUCAAGAAGCAGAUGACAUCACCUACCAAGAGUAUGAUGAGCAAGAUUAUGUUUUCACUUCUUCCCAGAUGAAAGAAGUAGGGUUCAGAGAAUCGUUUGAGCCGUCGGAAAAUGAAGGGACAGAAAGUUCAGAUAAUGCUGUAGAUGACUCAAACACAAUUUUAGAAGAGGUGCACGUGCCCCCUGCAGAGGAACAGCGAGAAGUGCCACCAGAAACAAAUAAGAAAACAGAUGAUCCAGAAAAAAAAGGAAAAGUGAAGAAAAAGAAGCCUAAACUAUUAAAUAAACUUGAUAAGACUAUUAAAGCUGAACUCGAUGCUGCAGAGAAACUCCGUAAACAGGGAAAAAUUGAGGAAGCAGUGCAUGCGUUUGAAGAACUAGUUCAGAAGUACCCUCAGAGUCCAGGAGCGCGAUAUGGGAAAGCAAAGUGUGAAGAUGAUUUGGCUGAGAAGAGGAGGAGCAAUGAGAUUCUGCGCAGGGCCAUCAAAAGCUACCAAGAGGCGGCCAGCCUGCCUGACGUCCCCGCAGACCUGGUGAAGCUGAGCUUGAAGCGGCAGUCAGACAGACAGCAAUUUCUAGGUCACAUGAGAGGUUCCCUGCUUACUUUGCAGAAAUUAGUUCAACUAUUUCCUGAUGAUACUUCCUUAAAGAAUGACCUUGGAGUGGGGUACCUCUUGAUAGGAGAUAAUGAUAGUGCCAAGAAGGUUUAUGAAGAGGUUCUGAAUGUGACGCCUAAUGACGGUUUUGCUAAAGUGCAUUAUGGCUUUAUUCUGAAGGCACAGAACAAGAUCGCUGAGAGCAUCCCCUAUCUAAAGGAAGGAAUAGAAUCUGGGGAUCCUGGCACUGAUGAUGGGCGAUUUUAUUUCCACCUGGGGGAUGCCAUGCAAAGAGUUGGAAACAAAGAGGCAUAUAAGUGGUACGAGCUUGGGCACCAGAGGGGCCACUUUGCAUCUGUGUGGCAGCGCUCACUCUACAACGUUCAUGGACUGAAAGCCCAGCCGUGGUGGACCCCCAAGGAAACGGGCUACACGGAAUUAGUGAAGUCCUUAGAAAGAAACUGGAAGUUAAUCCGAGAUGAAGGCCUUGCAGUGAUGGAUAGAGCCCAGGGCCUGUUUCUGCCUGAAGAUGAGAACCUGAGGGAAAAGGGUGACUGGAGCCAGUUUACACUGUGGCAGCAAGGAAGAAAAAAUGAAAAUGCCUGUAAAGGAGCUCCUAAAACCUGUUCUUUACUAGAUAAAUUCCCCGAGACGACAGGAUGCAGAAGAGGACAGAUCAAGUAUUCCGUCAUGCACCCGGGAACCCACGUGUGGCCGCACACGGGACCCACGAACUGCAGGCUCCGAAUGCACCUGGGCUUGGUGAUUCCCAAGGAAGGCUGCAAGAUCCGAUGUGCCAACGAGACCAAGACGUGGGAGGAAGGCAAGGUGCUCAUCUUUGAUGACUCCUUUGAGCAUGAGGUGUGGCAGGAUGCCACGUCUUUCCGGCUGAUCUUCAUCGUGGAUGUGUGGCACCCCGAGCUGACACCCCAUCAGAGACGCAGCCUUCCUGCGAUUUAGCAUUUUGCGCAGGCUGAGGACACGCUGGAGAGAGGCUGCCUUUCUGGUUCAGUCACCUUGGAUGUGGGCAUAGACGUUCAAACACCACAGCCCUUAAUUCCCUUGAUUUGCAGCCUGAAAAAUUCUAAACCUCCUCCGAGGGUUGGAUGACACUAAGGAGAAUGUAUGCCUCGCUGCAAUUCUUUUAGAAAACACCUGCGGUAUUUCAUCCAUGACAGCCCCCACCUGAUGCCUGUAUUCCAGGUGAACCCAUGAUAGCUUCUACCUUGCCGGCCAAAGAUAUUUUUUCCACUUAGAAUAGGCGAAAUCAGUGUAAAUGAGAGUAUGUGUAGAAACUGUGAAUGGAUUGCUUUAGUUUGUAAUUUUUCUGUGCAAUUAUAUUUUUCUAGGGUAGCAGGAUGAUUUUGUCAUCACACACCACUACUUUUUUGUUGAGUUUAAUGACAAGCUGUAUAAACGUUUUAGUUCUGCUUAAUCGUAACUUUCCUAGUGAACUCAGACGUCCCUCUUUUAAUUAUUUUUAGUAAAAGGCACUCAUAUGAAAAAAAGAUUCUAUUUUCCUAAUACAAAGGAGAAAGACAUAAUUAUGCCAGUGUCUCAUGAACCGUACUGCUCCCUACCCAUUGAGUCUCUUUGCUUUUUUGUCAUCAUUGAGAGCUGGUGUCUUAAUUUCUCUCCUCGCUAUGUGAAUGGUGGAGAUACUGUCAAAAUGGUAUUUCUUUCUAAGAGGAACUUUUUACACUGAAGAAGGACUUGGAGUCAUUUUGUAAUGAGUUAUAACAAUGACGCAUGUAAAUUUUGUUAAUGUCAAGCACUAGGCAUUAGAAAACAAAAAGUAACAUUUCUCCAAGUGAAAAUUUUCUCUUGGGAUCAGGUAGAUAGGGGGCUGCUAGGACACCUGGCUCCUGGCCUCUGUGCGUCUAUGAAACAGGGCUGGAAUCCAGAGUGUUUUCUCUUGUGGAUCCUUGUGAGUGAUGAGGUCGUUGAAAGGAUUCCCAUCAAAAUUUUGUAAAAUUCUGAAGGAUGGCAAAGUGGAAGACCAAGAAUGCCAGGAUCUCUGUCCUGCGUGUAGGAUGUAAAAAUUGCUUUCCUCUUUGAAACUGUUUGGAAGACUUUGACAUCUCCCUGGCUUGAGAAACUUCUGCCAUUUAAGCUUCACUUUGAGAUGGCAAUUAUUAUUGAUAGUUUAGCUGUAAAAUUUCCUACUGCAUAGAAAGAACAGUUGCCUACUCGUUCCAAAGAUGACCACAUCAUUAAUUUAGUGGAAUAUUAAUGCAUUAAAUUUUGUGUUUUUUUAAUCAAAGCUAACUAGAAAUGUUAGCUAUAAGAAUGUAAUGAUAUUCAUGCACUGAAUUUUAAGCCAAUAUGAACAAAAAUGCUGGAGAAAUGACACAUAGGUUACCAGAUUUCGUUCGCAGGUAGAAAAAACACUUGUGCUUUCUUUUCCAUUGAAGGACAAAGAAGGAUGCUUUCUUUAUCUUAUAUAGAAAACAUUCUUUAAUAUUGAAAUGAACCCCCUUUGCUUGUCUUUAAGGACUUCAGCUUCCAGUCAAAGAGUUUGUAAAAUAUUUGUCCUCUUUCCUUCUGUUUUGCCAAUGUUGAAAAAUCUCACUAAAAUAGAUGAAAAAGCAUGUGAGGAAAAAUAUCAAAAUUAAUUACCGAAAUCCAGAAGAAAAAGCAAACUCUUGAAAAAUAAAAAAGCAUUUGUGUCCUUCAGUAUUUAUUGAACAGAAGAAAUGACUGACAAAGAACAAUACAAUCU